AUGGUGGAAAUUCCAUCACACGUGCGAAGACGGUCAUCAAGGGGAGAGCUGAUUAGAAAGAUAGACUUCAGCUCCUGCUUCGUAUCGGUCGUGAGCUACUCGAAGGACGAGGAUGACAAUCCUGGCCUUGACGCAGAAUCCGAGUCGCUUUUCAUUGUAUUCGAGCUCGGCGGUGAGUCCUUGGAGGACAGACUUGUGAGGUAUGCAGAUGAAGGAAGGAAGCUGUCGGCGGAUGAACACCGUUCCCUGCAGUGGGCUUUGGUCUCGAUAGUUUUUGGCCUGCAUACUCUGGGGUACGUGCACUUAGACAUCAAGCCAGCGAAUAUCGUUAGCUUUGACAUGCCUGACAAGAAGGAGCAGUGGAAGUUGAUAGACCUGGACGGCGCCCUCAACUCCGGAAAGCCAGCCAUGCUCAAGGAUUGUGUCACAACGUUGCAAUACCUGUCCCCGGAGCUCGCGGGAACGUUUCUUUCCAUGAAGGUCUGUGCUCGCGACAAGUUCGGAAGAGCACGACGCGGCAGGGAAGAGACCGACAACCAGCUUAUCAAGCUCUCCCGGCUCAUGGACGUUUGGAGCGUGGGCAUGUGUGCGAUGGAGGCCAUAUUCUUGGUGCCCAUCUUGAUGCCAUGGUAUGAUGAAUGGCUGCGUGAGACAGGCACCGAGGAGAAGUUCCUCAACUGGCUUGCAGACUAUCACAGCGAUCCCAUCAUCACAGGAGACCUGACGGAUGCGCUGCGGGAGAUCGACGAGGACAUGUGCAACUUCUUGGAAGGGAUGCUUCAAAAGGAUCCGUCCAAGCGUUUCAGCAUCAUCGAAUGCAUCAACCACACAUGGUUCGAGAAGAUGCGCCACAGCCACCUCGAGGACCUGGCCGGGAUUUUGGAAAAGUCUGAGGCCGCCGAUUCUGAAGCGCAGUCGCCUGCAUCAAGGCCUUCUCCGAAGGAAGAGAAGGAAGACAGGCCGACGGGGAAAGAUGCCAGAAGAGCAUCGAGAGCUUGUGUGUUAAUGUAA